UCCGCGCUACUACGAAGACCCACGACAUCCUUCGUCCUAUCUCGACCGGCGCGGUUGCACCGAGCAAGCUGAUAAUUACUGUACCUCAGGCCGGUCGAGUUCAUCGACAAGCAAACCAUUUUCUUCGCCGCCAGGAAAGAACAGCGCGUUUGAGACGGACCCACGACGGCAACGACCCGCUGUCUGAAGAAACGCCCCUUAUCCCCACUGGUAUGACGCCUGCCCCGGUCAAAGGAAUUCGAUCCAGGCGUUUUGACACGGUCGCACACGGCAGCAUCAACCCGAAGUAACACGCAAGCAGCGGCCUGCCACCAGCCAAUUUCUGGAAACACAGCAAAUAACCCUUCGUUCAUCAGGUUCGCAACCCGCUGCCCAUCAUGGAAGACUCGCGGCAAGACCAGCGAUCUGCCGGGUUGUCAUUGAACCUUUCUUCAAACAAUCCUUUCCGCAAUCGCGCUGUAUCGCCCAGCCCAGCUUCUCCUUUUGACGACCCGCCGCCGCGACCCCUCUCGCGUAACCCGUUCCUCGAUCCCGCGAUUACGAGCAGGUCCAGUUUCUCGAACCUCCGAUCGGCGUCGGAGACCAUGUCGUCGGAUAAAAGGCCGUCUCUCACGGCCGAGGAGAUCUUUGGUUCAUUGACGCUCGAGGAUUCAACCGCCACAAACGAUGCACCGCCGCGCCCAAGCGCCGCGAAGCCGCCGCCACCCCCAGGACGCCGUGGUCCUCCGCCUCCGCCUUCACACCGGGACGGUGCGCCGGCGCCCAAUCGGAGGCCACCUCCGCCGAACCAUCGUCCUACGCGGUCACAGGAGGAGGCACUCCGCGCCCGGAAGAUGCAAGAGAAAGACGGCCGUCCGGACCCCUCCCGCUCGCCUCAACGGCGCCAGGAGAGGCGACCUCGCAGGAAUUCGGAUUCGUCAAUCAUCGACGCCAACAUGACAGAGGAGGAGCGGAGGCAGCGCGAUUUAAGACGCCGCGAGCGCGAGCGCCGGCACCGUGAGAACAGGGACAAGAAGCCUGUCAGCCGCAAACUUGACAUUAUUGACCAGCUAGAUGCGACCAGCAUCUAUGGGACCGGAAUCUUCCACCACGACGGCCCCUUUGACGCCCUGAACCCUCACCGAAAUCGACAAGGCAGUCGGCGUGCGCCAAUGCAAGCCUUCCCCGAGGGUUCACUGAACAACACAAUUGGCGGGGCUGGGCCGUUGAAUACCCGGCCAGACCAUUCCACAUUCAUGGGGAACCAAGAUGAUGAGGCUUUCAAGGAGUGGUCUCGAAGUGGCAAGGAUGGUUCCGAGUUUUCGUCCUCACACAAGGAAAUGCCCGUGUUUGAUCCUCUCAGCCGCGGCACCAUACUCCACGGCGACCAAUCGCUCGGCCUUGGUACAUCGACCUUCCUGGAGGGGACCCCGGCAGCUCGGACGGCAAUCCAGAAACGCGAGGAAGAGCGAGCUCUUGAGGCUCAGAACGAGGGUCUUCAACGCAAGAAAUCCCUCGCGCACCGUAUUCGCAACAUCAACCGGGGGAAUCGCGACUUUCAGUCCUCCGGUAGGCUCACUAAUCCUGAGACAGACUUCGGCUCACGUCGGUCACCUUCCAACAGUGGGCCGGCCUCUGCUUCGGCGUCAGAGCGCAGCCCUUUCUUUUCGGAUUUCGGAUCCGGAAAGGGCGAGGACGAGUUUACGGUGCGCAAGACGGUUACGAAUGGAAGCAAACCUUCUCCUUCCAGCCCCAGGAGCGGGCCUGGUCUUGAGCGCAGGUCGACGACUGAUGCCACCGGGGGCGAGGAUGUUCAACCCAAGGCGAGCGGAAUCCUGGGCCGGAUGAAGAGCCUGAAGGGAAGACGUCAACGCCCGAAUCCUGCCGCGGGUAGUGCGGAACUGAUUCCCCCCCCUGGAACAGCGGCUUAGAGGAGCCGCUUCAUAUUUUAUAGCGAGGCCGGCGAAAGGCUGGGAUUCGAUCCCUCUCUUAUUCCACUCGCGAUGAUUGCGGUUACUGCGGCGCCCAUUCGACACUAGCCACUGUUGGAUGUUUCCCUGUGGUUACCUCCCCUUACGCGCCAAAUAUCCUCAGCAGGCAACGAAGAGAGUACAAGAUGCGGGAAGUCUUGGGCCUCCGGCCCAUGUGAGAACCCUAAGACUGGGCCUUCACGAACGCAUGCUGUGUUGGGACAGUACUGUAGUAUACAUUUCAAGACCACGGUUACAGGUUGUGGUGUUUUUUUUUUUUUUU